AUGUCUGGAAACUCCAAAGUUGGCACCUCGGCCGUGUACGAGGCUGGCGAUCAGCGCAACGUGAAGCGCUCCGAGCAAGACACCAGCGUGCCGUACGAGGAGGGCAAGGUCAACUCGCACAAGCUCACCGAUCCCAGCAAGUGGCUGCCAACUCCAUUAACACAGGACGAGCGGUCCAUUGCCAACCGUCUGGCCGCCGAGGAGCGCCAGGGAAAGACUCCCGAUGACAAGGAGACUGCCCGGCUCAAGAAGGACCCCACGCUGCCGGCCAAGAUGCACGGCAACGAGCCUUCCAAGGGCGCCAAGAUUGACGCCCAGCUGCAAGCAGAGGACGAGCAGAGGCUGCGGGAGAAGCAGGGGAAAUAA